UCUGUAACACCCUGUAGUCAGCCAUGAUGCUUCUGCAGAAUCACUUUCCUGAGUGAAUGAAACAUAAUUUUCUGAAAAUCCUUCAACAAAUAACUAAGAUGGGAGUGUAACAGUGCAUAAACGGUAUUUUAAAUACAUUGCCAAGAUUAAUUUCAUACGAAGAGGAUCCAGAAGGAGUGAUAACUCUACAAGCGCUUACUUCAACCUUCGCAGUGCCCAUGACUCAAUCUCCACUUCCCUGAAGGCUGAUUGGUUCCUUUCACAAUUGUUUUUCUUCUAAGAUUGUGAUAGAAGAUCUAUUCAUUUAUAUGGUUAGGUGAUCAAGAUGGUGGUGGCUCAGGGGGGUCGGUUGAUGCGUGGUGGGGGCAUGGCUACCACAGGCUGCGGCAUGACCCCCAGGGAGCUCUCCGACUAUGAUGACCUGGCAACCGCUCUUGUUCUUGAUCAGUAUUUAGGCUUCGUAACCCACAAAAUGAAUGUAAGGUACAGACCAUUACGUGGAAAUAAGGAUGAGCUUCGUACCAUAGUAGAGGACUUCAUAGAGCAUCAGGACUAUGAGAAAGCCUUCAAACAACUGGCAUCUGGUGACUGGAUGCCCUGGACCUUUUUCAUCACUAAAAAUAAGGCUCUUCAAGCAACUUUUAAGGAACAUGUAUUUCGUUAUCUACGAGUUUUUGACAAGGACAGCGGAUUUGUGGUUAAGGCUUGCUACCGGUAUUCAAUGGAAGGCUGCAUUGGGGCCAAGAUAUGUGCAACCAAGAAAUGGUAUAAGAAUGAGCAGAUUGGGUUUUUGGUUGGCUGUAUUGCUGAGUUGAGUGAAGAGGAAGAAACUCAGCUAUUACAUCCUGGCAAGAAUGAUUUCUCUGUCAUGUAUUCCUGUAGAAAAAAUUGUGCACAGCUAUGGCUUGGACCCGCAGCUUUUAUUAAUCAUGAUUGUCGUGCCAAUUGCAAGUUUACUGCAACAGGCCGUGGAACAGCAUGCGUGAAAGUUUUAAGAGAUAUUGAAGAAGGUGAAGAGAUCACCUGCUUCUAUGGGGAAGAUUUUUUUGGGGACAACAACUCUUAUUGUGAAUGCAUCACAUGUGAAAGGCGAGGCACGGGAGCAUUUGCAAAUAAGAAGAAUGAAGAUGAUGUAGAAAAAGGUUACAGACUCAGAGAAACUGAUUUAAGGCUUCGGAUAAGUCGCCAAAGACUACGCAACCAACAAAAAAAAGGAGAGGAAGUGAUCAGUAAAGGGAAGAGUGAGGGUGCAGUUAGUUUAAAGGUGGAUGGUGGUGACCACAAGUUAAAAAUGAACAAUAUAUCUGCGAAGGUGAAUGGUGAGGUGGUAAGACGAGAACUAAGGACUAGAGGGGGAUCUCGAGACUCUGACAAGUCGGACAUUAGUACUGAUAGUGGCUCCACCCAAGCUAAUGUUAAGCGCUCUGGCUCUCAGGCCCAUCCUCAUUUGAAUGGUUUAUAUCCAAAAGCAAAGAACAGGAGAACAAGUUCUGAUAGUGCUCAGGAAAACAUUGAUAUUACCAUUGAAAAUUGUGAUGACCAAGUGAAAACCCUUGGUUCAGAUAAAUUUCUUAAGAAUGUUGUAAAUAAGGGGCGCCCUCAAACUAGAAGUUGUGUAGUUGCUAUUGAGAGUACUCUCAAAGAAGGAAAGGUUCCUGGUGAUACAAAUACUAAUGAACCUCCAAAUGGGAGGCACCUUGACUCCAAGGGAAUCAAGUUGCGUAGCCGCCGUCAGCUGACCACUGCCAUGAAGGAGGUGGGAUAUACCCGUAUUUUAAGGGGGCAUCACAACCGCUCUGGCAAUAUUGACAUAAAGACUCCCACAACUUUUUUUGAGGAUGUAGUUGAACGAGAGGAAAGUGAGCCAGAGUCGGCAGCAGGAAGUAACUUGCUCAUGCCCAGUGAAGACGAGUCUGCAAUAGUCUCAGGGAAUGACCCUCUGGUCAGGACGACAUUGUCUGAGGAAACCACCAGAGAAAUUGCUCCAAGGGAAUUGAUUCAAAGAGAAGUAAAUGCAAGGGAAGCAGCACCCAGCUCAAACUGCUUUGUGGAUCUCAGUCGGGUUAAGUUAACAGAUCACAUGCAGGCUGAGAUUAUGAACGAAACUUCUCAGCAGAACCGUAGUGUUACUAGCCCAAAUUUACAGUGUAUGCCUGUAAGUGGAAGACCCCCUCUGCGCAGGUUACGCAGACCCCCUGGUGAAAAAUGUGAUAACUCUAGUUUAGGUUACAUUAGUGUAGGAAAUAACUGUUCUAGUAAUAUAAUUAACAAUAACACUGACAAAGUUUCAGAACAAUCACUGCCAACCUCUCAGUUACCUCAGCAGUCUAGUAGUGUUAAAAAUGAGGUAAAUAGCUUGGAACCUCAUAGCAAAAAGACCAAGCAUUCAAAGUGCAAACAGACAGCUUUAAAAGACAUAGGCAGUACAAUGGUCAGUCAUUCUGGUUCUAGUGGAGCGGAAACAGUUACAGCCAAUCUUUCACCAGAAAAAGAUGUGUAUGAAUUUGAAGAAGAGGAUGAUUCAGCUUCACCUGGAUCAUUAAGGGUGGGUAAAAUGGCUGUUGGGUGUGGUCGCUGGGGAAGAAAUGUUACUAGUGAGUGUAGGACAUCUCCUCAAUGUGAAUCUCCCCCUCAUCCAUUGAUUGGUUACACUCCAUCUUCUCCUCCAGCAACCAUGGUCACCCCAGAGAAAAGUGGAAGGUGUGGGGUAAAGUUAAGGCUGCGGAUGAAGCGAUCUCCUGUGUUAGAUGAGGUUAUAGAAGUUGGGUCUCAUCUCUCGGAUUCAGGAGUUGCAUAUGAACCUGAAUAUGAGGUAUUGACUGUAGAAGGUAUCACAAACCAGGACUAUCAGACUGAUCACCACCACCAUCACCACCAUCACCGACGACAUCGUAAGAAGCACCAUCGUGAACACCGCCGUCGAUCUGACUCAUCAGAAGGAGAGAGUACUGAUGGAGACAGCACAGCAUCACCUCGACCCACUAUGAAGCGGCUUCGUCUAAUAUUGGGUAACGAGACACACACGAUCACGAUCCCUGACACUCACCUUGACCACAAGUAGCACGUAAGCCACCCGCGAUCCAUUGUCCCUCAACAUCCCCCACCAUUUCCUACCUUCAGAACAACAGCGUGUAAUUGAGCCUAUACUCCCACAGCCAAUUGAACUUCCUAUUGUAGGUCAGCCUGUGUCCCAUCAACUAAACACAAUUCUACCAUUUCUUAAACAUAUACCAGCCAAACUCCAUCUGAUCCACAUAAUUUAUACUAUCAUAAAUUUCCUUAACAUUUACCAAUCAAAUUCCACCUUAUUCACAUAAGUGAUGAUGUGUUCUCUUUAACAUAUACCAGUCAGACCCCCUUCUGAUCUACUCCUUCAUCACAGCCAAGGUUCAUCUGUUGGCCCAGUUCAUUAUUUAAUCACUGGACCACAUGGUGGACAAUCAUUAGUCUACGAGUGGUCUAGCUGUUGCAUCGUGUAAUAGGAUUGGCACUGUGCUUUACUGGAAGGGUAAGGGGUGUUUAAUUUACCAAGUAUUUGUAAGUUAUAUGUAUGAUGUUUUGUAAAUUGUUAUAUUUGUUUCUACACGGGUCGCGGGUGUAGACAUUUAAGUAAAACUUUUUUCUUUUCUUUUUAGGUAGAUUGAUUUUUUAUGAAUUUUUAUUUAUUUAUUUUUUAAUUUUUUAUUUAUUUUUUUUUUUUUGCCAAUACCGAUAAUUAGUAAUCAUUGUGAUUAUAAUUAUUUACACAAACCUUUAUCAUAUUUCUCAAAAAAAUUCUGUGAUUGUGUUGAUUUUUCAGCGUUAGAAGAACUAGUUUGAGACUAUGAAUGAUGACCUAGACAGAACCAUCAGUGUUUGCAGUAACUCGACAGCACCUCCGGGAGCAAUGUCAUGGGCUUAAAAGGUUUGACCAAGUCAACUAAUCACUUUCGAGGAUCAGCGCACAAUAAUUUCUCCAAGCCAGUCAACUAGUUCUGGGAUAGCAUGCUUUGUCCAGAGAAGUUUAUUAUUUCCUAGAAGAAGUUGUUAAAUGGAUGGAUUGAUUUAUUAUCGAUGAUGUAGUAGAGUGUAGAAAGAGCUAUGCUGCAGAGUUAACAGCUGAGUGGUUACAGUAUGCGCUUGUUCUUGCAGCCCUUGCCUGUAUUCGUGAAUUCAGUUAGGGUGACAAGAUCAUGAAAAAGCUCUUGUGCUUGUUUAGAAUGAAAAUGCUUUUAAUUCCAGCAGCUAGAAUUCGAAACUUGAGGGUUUUUAAAGAGGGCUGUAUCAACAAGGCAGCACUGUAUUUGGCCAAACCUGACAGGCCACUUUUAAUUACACUCUUCAUCGGCACCAUUCCACUCUUGUCUAUCUUGUCAUGAUUUUUGGAAGAUGACUGUCAAUACUGUGUAUUGAUGUUUUGAGUACCAAGUCACUGGUAGCUCUUUAACGGUGGUGUUAAUAAAAGUUGUAGAAGUGAA